UUUUUUUUUUAUUCUUUUGGUGCGCGGCGGCGGCGGCGACGACGGCGGCGACAAGGGGCAUUCGGGCAUCCAACACAGGCAGCAUGACUUACCAGGAGGGGUUGUUUGAGCUGCUUCAGCUUCUCAAGCUGGACGAUAUUCAUCUCUGGCAUGUUGUCAUUGAGGCCCUGCUCGUUCUUUCUCUCGUCUGGCUGGCGUUUGCCAAGCGUUACCGCCAACACACUCCGAAAGACGAGCCCCUGUCCAAGAAGGAGGAGGACGAGCUCAUUGCGGAAUUUGAGCCCGAGCCCCUGGCCAAGCCCUCGACUCAGCUCGUCAAGACCACCAUGACUCCCGUCCUCGACUCCGCGGCCGGUCGCCAAGUCCUCGUCAACGGUCAAGAGUGCAUCAACUUUGCCACCUUCAACUUUCUCGGCUUUGUCGGCGACAAGGCCGUCGAGGAUGCCGCGGUGAAAAGCAUCCAAAAGUACGGCGUGGGCUCAUGCGGCCCCCGUGGCUUCUAUGGUACCAUUGACUGCCAUCUCCAGCUCGAGGAAGAACUCGCCAAGUUUUGCAAGGUCGAGGAAGCCAUCCUGUACUCGUACGGCUUUGCCACCAUUGCCAGCGCCAUUCCCGCCUACUCAAAGCGUGGCGACAUUAUCUUUGUUGAUGAGAACGUCAACUUUGCCAUCCAAAAGGGUCUCGUUGCAUCGCGCAGCCGCAUCAUCAAGUAUGCCCACAACGACAUGGCCGACCUGGAAAAGAAGCUCGAGACCCAGAAGAAGGAGGAUGCCAAGGACCCCGUCAAGGCCAAGGCCACUCGCCGGUUCCUUGUUACCGAGGGCGUCUUUGCCAACUCGGGUGAUAUCUGUCCGCUUCCCAAGCUCGUCGAGUUCAAGUACAAGUACUUGGUUCGCCUUAUCAUCGACGAGUCCUUCUCGUUUGGCGUCCUGGGCGAGUCGGGUCGCGGCAUUACCGAACAUUUUGAUGUUGACCCCGAGGAAGUGGAUAUCAUGUCCGUGUCCAUGGGCACGGCGCUUGCGUCUGUGGGUGGCUUUUGUGCUGGCCGUGCUUUUGUCAUUGAUCAUCAACGCCUCUCUGGUCAGGGCUACUGCUACAGCGCUUCGCUUCCACCGCUUUUGGCCAAUGCCGCCCUCAAUACACUGGAGCGUAUUGGCAACACCGAGGGCCGCCAGCGCCGCCAGCGCCUUCGCGCCAACGUGCAUGGCUUCCUGCGCGCCAUGAAGACGAACAAAAACUUUGUUUGUGAAGGCUCCGAGCAGGCACCCAUUGUCCAUGUGAGCCUGCGCAAUUCCACGGCCUCCAUUGCCGACCAGGAGCAGACGCUGCAAACUCUUGUCGAGUCUGGCUUCAAGCAUGGUCUGGCUCUCACUCGGGCCAACUACCUCCGAGAUGAUGAAAUGACGCAACAUCGUGCAUCUAUCCGCGUGGCUCUCUCCUCGGAGCACACGGAGGAGGACAUUGACACCUUGGUCAUGUUCUUUGAGCAAGCCCAGCUGUAAAAUAGAGUCUUCCAAACCGGCGCGCUUUCGCAUGUCCUUUUGGUCCGAACGGCCUCUGCGCCUUUCCCCCUGCUCAGGGCGCGCUUUCCCUUUUUGCCUUGAUCAAUCGAGUCUUGUCAUGUGAAA